AUGAACGAGCCACCAUCGAAGCGGAGGAGGACAAACUCACCCGACGACCGAGCAUCGAGCCCUCUCAGAAAGCCUCCGCGAAGACCUUCAUAUGCAUCGCCUACGAAAUCCCAACUUGCGCGCAACUAUCCGAACCUUUUGCCCUCCAGGAGAUCCACUCUCAGCGCAUCUCCCAGGCGCCCGCGCCCCGCUGCUGGACAGAAUGGACUUCAAAGAGAGAAAUUGAGCGACGCAACCCUUGGCGCUCAAGAGUCUGCCAAAGAGAAGGAAAAUGGGGCGUUCGGAACGCCACUAGAGGCAGGAGAAGACGACGAGUCAGAACUACCAGGAACACCACCAACCCAGGAGAGAGGCGUUCUCUUUUCCUCCCCAAGCAAGCGGCCUCCACGCGCCAAGGGACCCGUGAAACAACCUCCAUUGCGACAGAAAGCGCCAGCGGUACAAUCAGACGACAUCACAAGAACCUUUGAAGACGGGCCUACACAGGAAAAUAUACCAGGAGAUACACAGCUGGCGACUCAGCAAAUACAAGCCCCAGACCCGGAUAUCGAACGGAGAAAGCAGGAAAAGGCACGAUUACAGCGCCAAGUAGAAGAUUUGGAGGCUGAGAUAUCAAGAUGCGCCGAGGAGGUUGUCAAAGAGCAGCGGCGUGCGCCAGACGAGACUUUAUCGUCAAAGGAGCGCAAUGAUUUAAUUGCCUUUAUUUCAAAACUCGCCGGCUCAGAUACAGAAUCAGAGAAACCAGCACCUGUAUCAACGCUACUAUGUUCAUUCCUCCCCUUCGGCGCACUCUCAGUACCUCAGCCACGCCCCAAACAAUCAGCCAAGCCCAUUCCCUCCCACCGACCCCUAGAUCUCGCGGACCCCUUACCCUACCUCGAAAUGUUCACCUCCCUAAACUUCUCCACGCAACUCAGCCUCCCCCGCAGCAAGAUCCUUCCAGCAUCAAAACGCGUCCACCAAAAACACACAAUCGGCAUCACUGGCCCCCAGAAACUUCUCACAGCCCAAGUCGCCAUCACCAUCGACGGUCUCGCACACCAGGUUGUCGAUAUGCAAGUCUUACGUCUCUCACCGUGGGCAGAGUGCGAAUUGGGUUCUUUCGUCCGCGCGAGGGCGCUGGAGAAGGAUAUCGGUAAUGCGGCGUGGGCUGUGGAUUCGUAUUGGGAACUUGCGAAGAAACGGGCGCAGUAUUGGCAUAAAUGCGAGACGGCGUUUGCGCAUCUGCUCGCUGGACGCGGUGACGAGGAUGCGGAGAAUGACGUAUCAAAGGCGAAAGCAAAGACGGGCAUAUCGCGUAAGGAUCUGAAUCGUAAUUUAGGUCGUGAUACAUUGGUCCUGCAAGAUAAGCAUGUUUUGCUGAAGUUGAAUUGGCGAAUUGGCUUCGAUUGGACGGGCGAGGCCGAGUCGGAUGUCACUGUUGAGGCUGCUUUUCCUAAGGUUUGGUCGGAAACGGAUAUGGGUGCUAGUCUUAAGAAGGUGCCGGAGACGUUUGCGUCGCUGCUGCGUACAAAAGGGGUGUUUGGGGCAACGAGGGUCAUGGUGGCGCUAUUGUUUGCGCAAUAG